CGAGUGUCUUGUUCUUGCAUCAUCCAUCACUCUCUCUUCCCAAUCAAUAAUUAGCCUCCACCGUCAUCUUCAUUCAUUCCCAACAAUGGCUUCAUCACGCGUGGAUCUCGACGGCAACCCCAUCGCGCCGCUCACAAUCUGCAUGAUCGGCGCCGGCGGCUUCAUCGGCUCCCACCUCUGCGAGAAGCUCAUGUCCGAAACCCCUCACAAGGUUCUCGCCUUGGAUGUCUACAGCGACAAGAUCAAGCACCUCUUGGAACCCGACAACCUCCCUUGGCAUGGCCGCAUCCACUUCCACCGCCUCAACAUCAAACACGAUUCCAGGCUCGAGGGUCUCAUCAAAAUGGCAGAUCUGACCAUUAAUCUCGCUGCUAUUUGUACACCUGCUGAUUACAACACCAGACCCCUUGAUACCAUUUACAGUAAUUUCAUUGAUGCUCUUCCUGUGGUGAAGUAUUGUUCUGAGAAUAACAAGAGGCUUAUCCAUUUCUCUACUUGUGAAGUGUAUGGGAAAACGAUUGGAAGCUUUCUCCCCAAAGAUAGUCCUCUUCGUCAGGAUCCUGCAUACUAUGUUCUUAAAGAAGAUGAGUCUCCUUGCAUUUUUGGUUCAAUCGAAAAGCAAAGGUGGUCAUAUGCUUGUGCUAAACAGUUGAUUGAGAGGCUGAUUUAUGCUGAGGGUGCUGAAAAUAACAUGGAGUUCACGAUUGUGAGGCCAUUCAAUUGGAUUGGACCUAGAAUGGACUUCAUUCCUGGCAUUGAUGGUCCAAGUGAGGGUGUUCCUCGUGUUUUGGCAUGUUUUAGCAAUAAUCUUCUUAGAGGAGAGCCCCUCAAGCUUGUGGAUGGUGGCGAAUCCCAGAGAACCUUUGUUUAUAUCAAAGAUGCUAUUGAAGCUGUCUUAUUGAUGAUUGAAAAUCCUGGCAGGGCUAAUGGCCACAUCUUUAAUGUGGGUAACCCACACAAUGAGGUUACUGUCAGGCAGCUUGCUGAAAUGAUGAUUCAGGUCUAUUCAAAGGUAAGCGGAGAACAAGCUCCUGAAACACCUACACUUGAUGUGAGCUCAAAGGAAUUUUACGGUGAGGGAUAUGAUGACAGUGACAAGAGAAUUCCUGACAUGACCAUAAUAAACAGGCAGCUCGGAUGGAAUCCUAAGACAUCACUUUGGGACCUGCUUGAAUCCACCCUGACUUAUCAGCACAGGACAUAUGCUGAAGCCGUCAAGAAAGCCAUUGCAAAACCAAUUGCUAGUUAAGGCGGCUUAUAUGGUGAUGCUGAUGUGCUUCUUCCUUUGAGAAGGGUCUUCUUGCCUAGGUGUUCUCCCAUUUGGGGAUUUUACAUAUAUUUUACUGUUUGACUUUCAUAUCCAUGGUAAAUUUUCCUCCUUUUGUUUAUCAGUAGCUCAUAGGCAAUAGCCCACAUUAGCUCAUGCCUUGAUGAGUGAGUGCUCCUGCUGAAGUAGGAAUUUAUCUAGGGGGGAUUCUUUGCUGCCAUGUAAUUUCAAUGUAGAGCUUUUGCAGUGCUGAACAUGUUGAUGAGGCAUUUCAGAUAAGAAAUAUGUUUUUGUUUUUUAGAAUCUGGGUCAUUACUGUUUUGUCUUUCCAGCUCAGUGUAAGUUGUAACAUUCUGUAUGACCCUGUUAAGCCAUGUGCUCUAUAUUAUUUGUUAUUAAUUUAUUGUA